GCCAUUAUAACAACCAAAACAAGAGACGUUCAUAAACUUGUCAUGUCAUUGAAAUAUAUGCUGAGGAAUAUUAAAAGGGACCCUGAUCUAGAUGGACCCAACUGCCAGGACCAGGUUCUGCAAGUAUCUCUGAAUGAUAGAGUAUACGUAGUGUGUAGACAAAGUUCCCAUGGUUCAUCCUUCCCAAUGGAAUGGUACAGGGAUGACGGGAGACAACUGUAUACUCGUAAGGAGUACUCGUAUGAAGGAGACCAAGUGUAUAUGACUAUGACGCAUGAGUUCUUUGCGAACAUAAUCCAUCAUAAUACAGUGUUCUGGUGUACGUUAUAUCCAAAGAAAACUGGACCGGGUGAUCUCGCAUCGUUUAACGAUGCUACUUGCCCCACAAGGAUUGAAAUUGUUUAGUACUUUAAUGACCAACAUAUUUUCAAUAAAAUGGAUUAAAAAUGCAUAGUGACUUUUUGUCCAAUGCUGUUUUUGAUUUCCAGGUCCACUUCCCUUCAAAUGUUGGCAACCUUAGCUCACCCAUUG